GCAAAAUAAGAAAUGGAUCUCCAGGAAGCAGUAGGUGUGCACAGUGUCUUCAAGAGCUAUGGCUCAGGAAAGAACAAGUUGGAAGUGCUGAUAGGCAUCAAUCUGACUGUGACAAGGGGUAACAUCUAUGGAUUGCUAGGACCUAGCGGCUGUGGCAAAACUACUUUGCUGCGGUGUCUAUUAGGAAGACUACCUUUUGAUGGUGGAGUCAUUACUACCUUAGGCAAGCCACCAUUGAGUGCAGGUCAUGGUGUACCUGGUCGGAUGGUCGGAUAUAUGCCGCAGGAGGUUGCUCUCUACAAUGAAUUUACCAUCAAAGAGACACUGCGGUACUUUGGUCGGUUAAACGACAUGUCCAUGGAGCUUGUUGCGAAAAGAACAGACUUUCUAGUCAACUUUUUGCAUCUGCCUGGAGAUAAUAGGAUGGUGAAAACUCUAAGUGGUGGUCAGAAGCGUAGGGUGUCCUUCUGUGUGGCUUUGCUUCACGAACCGCCAUUGCUGAUCCUUGACGAGCCAACUGUUGGAGUUGAUCCUCUCUUACGCAGCAGCAUCUGGCAGCAUCUGAUAGAGAUAGUGCAGACCGGUGAGACAACCAUCAUCCUCACGACUCAUUACAUAGAGGAAGCCAGAGCUGCAGAUAUGGUUGGGUUAAUGCGACAUGGAAUUCUACUGGCUGAAUCCCCUCCAGCUGAUCUGCUCAUGGUUCAUCAGAGUGAGACAUUAGAGGCCGUAUUCCUUAAGCUAUGUACGGAAGAAAUUCCCGAUGAUCCAGAGGGUGACAAGGCAGAGAUAUCAAUUUCAGCAGCACACAGAUACCAGUCGAUGCCGCAGGUUGAGGUGGUUAGUCCUAAAGUUGAUGCUGGUGGCAGUGGCAUAGACGAUGAGAGAACUCCCCUGUUAGCGAACCACACACAUCCUAACUCGAUAUCGAAGUCUCUGUCACACUCAUCCUCAACAACAGAAGUGAAAACUGAAUGGAAAAGCAGUUGCUCUUCAAGCUUGAACAACAUCUUUGCAUUAAUCAUCAAAGAUCUGCUGAAAAUGUGGAGAAACAUACCGUUGCUGGUGUUUCAGUUCAUAAUGCCAUCCAUCCAACUCUGCUUCUUCUGCCUGGCGGUUGGUGGCGACUUAAAAAACGUGCCUGUGGCUGUGGUAAACCAGGACAGCCCACCGAUUCUCAGCACCAGCUACCUGAAGUCCAUCAGCUCCAGCAUCGUAGAUCUGCAAUACCAUGAUAAUUUCGCCGAUGGGUAUAAUGCAGUAUUAGAAAAUAAAGCAUGGGCGUUGCUGUAUUUUAAUACCUCCUUUACCAUGGAUUUAAUAACAAGGGCGAGAAAUCCAACCAAUGCAACAAGUGAGAUAAUAGAUGGUGGCAGUGUACAUGUGUACCAAGACAUCACAAAUCAGCAGAUAUCGCUAUCACUGACACAGGAGUUGCUAUCAGCUUUUGAGACCUUUGCCCGUAACACCCUCUAUAGUAUGGGUUUUAAUCCUGGAGCAGCAGAUAUUCCGAUUAAGUUUGAGGAUCCAGUGUAUGGUGAUACCUCUCUACAAUUCACAGAUUACAUGGCACCUGGCAUUAUUUGCACAGUCACAUUUUUCAUGGCAGUUGGUUUAACCUCCUUGUCAUUCAUCACAGAACGCAAAGAGGGUCUGCUAGACAGGAGCAUGGUAGCUGGUGUCACGCCCGUUGAAGUGAUGAUUGCUCACAUAUGCUCGCAGUUCUUUGUGCUCGUCGUGCAAAUAUCGCUGCUGCUCAUUGUCGCCAUCGGAAUAUUUAAGGUACCCCAUCUGGGCUCAAUUGUAUUGGUGUUCCUACUUACUCUGCUGCAAGGACUUGGUGGUAUGGCAUAUGGCUUCCUCAUAUCGUCGCUGUGUGAUGAAGAAUAUUCAGCCAUUCAGAUAUCUCUUGCUUCCUUCUACCCAUGCGUCUUACUCAGUGGUAUCAUCUGGCCAUUGGAGGCCAUGCCAUCCGCACUGAGAUACAUUUCUAUUGCUCUGCCGCAGACCAUACCAACAGAUGCCAUGCGUGGUAUACUGCUGAGAGGCUGGGGACUAGAAUAUCUUACAGUGGGCCUAGGAAUUGUUGUAAUCUUUGGAUGGACAAUUGGAUUGCUGCUGCUUUCUGCAAUUGUUCUUAAAAUCCGCAAGAUUUAGGACAUACUGUGCAGAUUACUCCGAACACCCUACCAUUAUAUCAGCAGUACAUAAUCAAAGGAGGGUACCCCUUAAUUAUGUUUAGUUACUAUAACUAAUUAUAUACUAUUAACGAGAAUUUAAUAGGCUGAUUUCGGUAUAAGAGUAAUAAUAAAAGGCUAGUUUAAAUAUGAUAGUAUAAUAUGCAGUCUCUAUAGAGAGUGCCAGUAUUGUGAGUAGUUUCUAUCAUAGUCUCCGCAUUAUCAGGAGGGCAAUUAUUUUAUCAGUUUUAGAGGUAAGGUUCCAUGGUAGAGUAUACAGUACAUAGGGUUAUCUUGAAUGUAUUCAUUUUAUUGCUAGGUUCACAAUAUCACUAAUGCCAAUUUUGAUCAAUUAUGGCUGAUUGUGAAAGUCACUGUAUAGUUUUUUGUACAAUAUUCACUUUGGUGUAAUUAGCCCUCACACAUUUAUUUUGUGUAAAUGAUACAACUUAGUCAUUGUACAGGAUUUUAUUAAUGUUCUAAUUUUAUGACAACUCAAGCCAAUUAUUUUUAUGUGAUAUAAUAUAUUCAUACAAGAUCAUGGUUUCACUGUACAUUACCAAAAAAAGUUCCUUUCUUUUGUAAAAUUUUAUUAUUGUGAAAUUGCAUACAGGAACAUUGAUAAAGUUUGAAAAUGAUGAGAAAAUUGGACCUGUUUUGAGAGAAGUGAGCUGAUCUCACUAUCCGAGGCCAGGGGCAUGCUCACUCAUAUUUUUUUAGAUGUUAAAACUGCUAGGAUGUUGGUCUAUCCCAUUACAUUCUCGGCAUGAACAGCUUUAUACCCCUGUCACACCUUCCCACGAUCACGUUCGCGCUCCCACUGCGACCUGAAAAGCAGGAAAGCGCGAGGAAAAGCGCGAGGAAAAGCGCGGUAAGGUCUCUGAGAACGAGUUGGUAACUGGUUGAGACGCAGUGGAAACUGUCAAGGACGGAAGAGGGUCGCCAUGAGCUACCUUGAGCGCCAAACCUCGGCGCUUGUGUUGGUCCGGAUCAAAACAAGCGCAGCGGGUCGGCGCUCUGUAAUGAGCGGUGUAAUGACGCAAUACAGUCACCGUGGCAGCGCAAAGCGAACUACAUGAGCAUGGACGUAGCAACAACGCAUAGAAGCGACUUGGGGUCGCAGAAAUCGUCUCCUGCGACUGGUUUGCGACUGCUGUAUGCUCAUUUGGCUCUCCAUACGUGCCUCUCCCGUUCUUAUUGCGCCGUUACUGCGCUUCCACUGCGCUUCCACUACGCUUUCUUGGCUUGUUUCCCCUCAUUCUACGUCCACACUGCACUGCCACUGAGACUAUGACGCUCGUAAUACGUCCAAGGCGUUGUUCCCACGUUUGCAAUAGGCUCACAGAGCGUUCUUAUUACGAUCCCACUUCCACUGACCCCCCCCCCACACACAUUUUUGUAUAAAUACAGCUUCAUCUUCAGUGUGCAUCUGCUCUUCAUCAUGGCCGCAGAUGGGCAGAAUGUGCUAAUUGUACUACAGUUAUAGUUAUAUGGGUUAUUAUGGUUUAUAAUGGGGCCGGGUUACAGCUACGCUCAGAUGGAUCAGGACUGGACGACCGUGGAGACGAUGGAGACGGCCUUCCUCGACCCCUGCCUCUUCUUUUUGGCAUGGUGCAUACACUACUAGGCUACUACAGGCUACUACUACUGCUACAGGCUACAGGCUACUACAGCGGCUGAAUGUAUACUGAUCCUGAAGAUCGCAGGAGGCUCUAUAUAUACACGCCGCGCACACGCAGUGAGCGAGUUGCAAACGUAUUGAGAGCGUAGUAAGAGCGCAGCGAGAGCUACUUGGACGCACUGAGAGCGCACAGAGCGCAGUGGGAGCGCACUGAGAGCGCACAGAGCGCAGUGGGAGCGCACU